AUGGCUCUCAAUUAUAAAGAAUCAAGAUUAGUCAAGGAUACACUACCAUCCCUACGCCAACAUGGUGAACAUAUUGCGACUGUCUUCUAUAAGACGAUGUUACGCGACCAUCCCGAACUCCAUAAUUACUUCAACACGGUGAAUAUGCACACAGGAAAGCAGCCGCGCGCCCUGACGACACUUAUUCUAGCAUUCGCUUCCAACAUUGUCAACAUUAGCGAGUUAACACCGAAGCUAGAACGUGUGGCCCAAAAGCACGCCUCGCUGAACAUCCAGCCCGAGCAAUACGAGAUUGUCGGCAAGUAUCUACUGCGAGCGUUUUCAGCCGUCCUCGGCCCUGCCAUGACCCCUGAUGUGAAGCUGGCAUGGACGAAAGCUUACUGGGUCAUGGCGAAGAUGCUAACGGGCCGAGAAGCUCACAUCUACCGCGAGUUUGAGGACUGGCAGGGCUGGCGGAAGUUUAUGAUCUUCAACAAGAAGAACGAGACCGUAGAGGGAAACAUCGUCUCCUUCAUUUUGAAACCAGUCGAUGGAAAGCCCUUACCGGCAUUCAUGCCGGGCCAGUACGUCACCUUGAGGAUCACAGUCCCGGGCAUGAAGUUUGCUCAGCUCAGGCAGUAUUCGCUGAGCGAUGCGCCUAGCCACGACCACUAUCGGAUUACCGUCAAGCGAGACCAGGGGUCAAAUUGGGAUUACGCCAAACCUGAUGACAUUAUGACGAUUUCCUCGGCUGCCAGCAGCGCGUCGGAUAGCAGUAUUGGAAGCGUGCAACCAUGCAGACCUGGUGUCGUCUCCAACUCGCUCAUUGACGAGUUCCACGAAGGAGACACCAUUGAGUUGACGCACCCGUCGGGUUCUUUCUCCCUUAACACGAAAGUGGACACCUCGAUGCCGCUUGUCCUCAUCUCCGCCGGAGUCUGCGUAGCGCCGCUGCUGUCGAUGCUGAACGCUGUUGUAGAACAGCGAAUCAACAGGCCGGUAUCCUGGAUCCAGGCGUCGCGACACGACGCCCCUUUCCAAGCACAUGUCGAAAACAUGGCUAAGAGGCAUCCGAAUAUGAGGACCAAGUUCUUCAAGUCGAGGCUGUCGGAUAGCGAUGUGCUGUCGUAUACUUCGACCUUCGAUAACGACUUCCUCUCCCUCACGGCCGAGGACUUGUAUCUAAGAAAUGGCUCGGCCGAGUACUACAUAUGCGGCCCCGAGAAAUUCAUGAUGCAGGCGUCUGAGCACUUACACAAGUAUGGUGUGAAACCAGAAAUGGUGCAGUUCGAGAUCUUCUCAGUAGGAACUUUUGAGAUGAGAAUGGAGGACUGA